UUCUUUCUAAUCUCUUCCCAGCUAACUCCCUCCAAUUCUAAAUUUUUUGUUUAGGAAUUAAUUUUCAUUUUUUUAAAAUGGCCCAGGGAAUUUGCAGUGCAAAACUAGGUUUGUUUCUUGGAGUAGCCAUACUGUGCCUCCUAACUAUUACCAAGCCUGUCGUUGCAACUGAUUUCACCGUAGGCGACGUUGCUGGAUGGACCUUUAAUGUCAACAAUUGGCCUAAUGGCAAGUCCUUCAAAGUCGGUGAUGUGUUAGGAUUUAAUUAUAAUAAGGAAAUGCACAAUGUGGUAGUAGUGAGUAAGGAGGGUUAUGAUAGUUGUACUGCACCAGCCGGGUCAAAAGUUUACCAAACUGGAAAUGACAAAAUCAGGUUGGCCUCGGGUCAAAGUUAUUUCAUCUGUUCCUUCCCUGGCCAUUGCGAUGGUGGAAUGAAGAUCGCUAUUAAUGCAGCUUAAUUACUUGUACUUCAUACUAGUUGCGGUUAAUAAUUACUUCAAACAAUUAGCUUGUAUUCGAAUUUUCGAAUAGUGAUAAAUACACUGUAUGCCUUGAAAUUUUA